AUGGAUCGUUCACCAAAACAUGCUUACUAUCCAACUAAACCUCAAUCACAAGAAGAAACAAUAAAUUCAAACACUGUUGAUUUAUUACCCGUACUGGUAGAUAUCAAUGAUAGUUAUAAAACUAUUCGUGAAUUAGGAUCAGGUACAUACGGUCGCGUACUACUCGCCUAUAAUCGUGAUCAACAACAACGAUGUGCACUUAAAAUUUUACCAAAAUCUACUACAAAAUUUCGUGAUUUUCAACGUGAAUAUAAUUAUUCACUAAUAUUGACAUCCCAUCGUAGUAUUAUAUCGACAUUUGAAACAUGUUAUCAAACACAAGAUUCAUAUAUUCUUGUACAAGAAUAUGCACCUCUCGGUGAUCUAUUCGAAUCAAUACCACCACAAAGAGGUUUACCAGAAAAACAUGCAAAGAUUAUUAUGAAACAAAUUGCAUCAGCUCUAGAAUUUAUGCACGAUAAAGGAUUGAUUCAUCGUGAUGUUAAACCAGAAAAUGUGAUGAUAUUUGAUGCUGAUUUUCAUAAAGUAAAACUCAUUGAUUUCGGUAUGACACGUAAAUGUGGUUCAUAUGUGAGACGACUUGUCGGUUCGAUUCCCUAUUCCCCACCAGAAGUUUGUGAAGCAACAACAAACGAUAUUCUCGUGACAUCAGCAAUGGAUAUUUGGGCAUUUGGUGUAUUACUAUUUUGUACACUAACAGGAAAUUUUCCAUGGGAACAUGCUCAAAUAACAGAUAUCUACUAUAAUGAAUUUUUAAUGUGGCAAAAACAUCAACGACGAAAAUUACCAUCACAGUGGUUCAGAUUUACACCAAGAUUAAUGAGAUUAUUUAAUAAAAUGUUAGAUCCUGUAUCUGAAAGUCGUUGUGAAAUAAGUGAAAUAUGUAAAUAUUACGACGAUCGUUGGAUUAGUGAAACUGUACGACGUCGUCCAUCACAUGAAGAUGAAGGUGUCGAAGAAGAUUAUUCGAGUGGCGGUUCAAUAAGUGGUACAGAUCUAGAAGAAAUAACAAAAAUGAUGAAAGAUUACGGUCUUGAUCAACAUAAUCAAAAUCAACCGCAUCUUCAUUCCUCGAUUGACAUUCCGGAUAUAAAUAAUCAAGCUUUAUCAGAUAAUUCAUAUUUUAUCAAAAAACAGCAUAAUAGUGAUGUAUUUUCUCAUCAUCAACAUAAAUAUAUAUCAUAA